GCUCUUUUUCUUACUCUCUCUCUCCUCCUCCGUCCUCCGCCUCCGCCUCCAUAAAAACCCCACUUUCAUCGUCACAAAACUAACCACAAAAAACCCAACAUUCUUUCUUAUUAUCAGUUAAUCACCCCCACUACAAAAAUGCCCUCUGAUUCCUUCGAUCACCGUCGAACAACCACCGCAAAACCGCACCAUCUCGGCGGUGGUUGCGGCGCUGCAACUGGUGGAGUACCGCCGCCGGAGCCUGAACACCUCCCGUGUCCACGAUGUGAUUCCACGAACACCAAAUUCUGUUACUAUAACAACUACAACUUUUCUCAGCCUCGUCAUUUCUGCAAGGCGUGCCGUCGUUACUGGACUCACGGCGGCACUCUCCGUGACAUCCCCGUUGGCGGUGGUAGCCGGAAAAACGCGAAACGUUCUCGUGUCACUUCUACCAACAAUCAUAACAGUAUUAUCUCUCCGUCUCUAGAAUUCCGCCACAUGGCUCCGGCUACCGCCACCCCGAUUUUGAUCCCGUUUGCCGGCGAACACGGCGGCGGACUGCAUUUUCUCGGCGACGGGAAGCCGGCGGUGAGUAUGUGUGAGAGUUUUACGUCGUUGCUGAAUAGUACUCAAGGGCCUGGGUUUUUUGGGUUGGGAGUUGGAGGGUUUGAAGAUGGGAAUUUUGGACUUGGAAGAGCAAUUUGGCCGUUUUCCGGUAUCGCAGAUUGUGGUGGGUAUGCGGCGGCGGGUGGUGGAGGGAAUGUGAUUGGUGGUGGGAAUAGUUGGCAGGUGGAGGGCGGCGAUGGUGGCGCCGAGUUUUUUACUUUACCAGAUCUUGCUAUUUCCACACCAGGAAUGCUGUGAUGACGAUGAAUUAAUUAAUUAGAGGUGAUAAGAGUAGGGUUGUUACUGUGUUCCAUCAUGUAUUAGAUAACUUCCCGUUCGGUUUAGUACGAGAAAACAAAAGGGAGUGUCUUCUAUUGUCAA